AACUGACAGGCCUGUGACAUGACGGGCAUGACGGGUGGAGUGUCGCGAGAAAGUCUACAAUUUAAACAUCGAGAAUGCUUUUCUAGGCCUAUAUGCCGAUUCUUUUAUCAUUUAAACUGCAUUAAACGGUUCUAUUGUUCUCCAUUUCUGCCCCAAAAUACCAUUGUAUACUAUUAGUUACUAAAAAUCAUAUCCUCGAUCGACAAUGCCAAACGCAAAGGUAUUCUCGCUUAAUUUUUGAGCCAGUUUAAAAUAUGGAGCAGUAUACGAUUCUUGGACGGAUAGGGGAAGGAGCUCAUGGUAUUGUCUUCAAAGCCAAGCAUAUUGAGAGUGGCGAGAUAUGUGCACUGAAAAAAGUUCCAUUACGGAGACUGGAUGACGGAAUACCAAACACUGCACUGAGGGAAAUUAAGGCUUUGCAAGAGAUUGAGGAGAAUCCAUAUGUCGUCAAGUUGAGGGAAGUGUUUCCCCAUGGCACGGGCUUCGUGCUAGUCUUUGAGUUCAUGCUGUCGGACCUCUCGGAGGUGGUCCGCAACUCUGAGCAGCCGCUGACAGAAGCCCAGGUCAAGAGCUAUAUGAUGAUGCUGCUCAAGGGCAUCGCUUACUGCCAUGAAAACUCCAUCAUGCACAGGGACCUGAAGCCAGCUAAUCUGCUAAUCAGUGAGACAGGACACCUGAAGAUUGCAGACUUUGGCCUUGCGAGGGUCUUCAGUAACGAAGAGGGUAGACAGUACAGCCACCAGGUGGCAACAAGGUGGUACAGAGCCCCUGAACUGCUGUAUGGAGCAAGGAAAUAUGAUGAAGGGGUUGACCUCUGGGCAGUGGGCUGCAUCUUUGGGGAGCUUCUGAACAACUCUCCUCUGUUUCCUGGGGAGAAUGACAUUGAGCAGCUGUGCUGUGUGCUGCGCGUGUUAGGAACACCCAGCGAGAACACAUGGCCUGGAAUGGAGCAAUUACCAGACUACAACAAGAUCACAUUCCCGGAGAAUCCUCCCAUACCGUUUGAAGAAGUGGUUCCAGAUGCAUCGCCAGAGGCCCUGGACUUGUUAAAGAAGUUUCUUGUGUAUCCCUCCAAGCAGAGAAUAUCAGCAGCUGAGGCCCUCCUGCAUCCCUAUUUCUUCACCGAACCCCUGCUGGCCCACCACUCCGAGCUGCCCAUUCCCAAGCAUGGCAAGAAAGUCCGGCACCGCGGCCAGAACCCCAAAGAGUAUGACAUCGAUGUGCCCUUAGAGCAGUCGCUGGUGGACCCUGACCUACUAGCCCAGUUUGUCUGAUGAUUCUUGGGAAAUUUAAAAAAAAAAAGCCUAGGAAUGAAUUUUCUGUGUUCCUGACAGGUCUAGUCUGAGUAUCACCCGUUAUCCUUAGAGGCCCAGUCGCCUGUCCAAUGUCUGAUAUAUCUAAGGAUGCAGAUUUACACGAUCCCGCGCCUCAGCCAAUCAGAGUCGACUUUACUAAAUCAUGCUUCAUUUCAUUCCCAAAUUAGGACUAAAUGUUUAAUUGGUCAAUUCGAAUGCAGUGUUUUGUAAUACAACAAAGGCCGGGUACGCAUGGGAGUAAAUUCAAAUUCAUUAUAGUGAGAGUGUACAUGUAGUUGAAUUUUCCCCGUCUGUAUCAAAAUAAGCUGGUCCAAGCCCAGUUUGGCCUAAGGAGUCUAGGUUGCGAGUCAGAUUUUUAGGAGUUUUUGUUUUUGAGUGUAGUAUUUAUUGCAGAGUCACUGUGUGCCCGGUAUGACUAAAAAGGUUUGCGGUCUAUAAUAUGUAGGCCCCACCUGUGAGUCACAUUGAGUGCCGCCUUAUAUGAUUCAGUUGCUGAGAGACGACGGUACGUUCAGGCACAUGGCUUGUCAUAGCCUAGCGGUAGAAGCACCGCACCGGACUCGUGCUUUGGUGUUUCAGAGGCAGCAAAAUGUGGGUUCGAGCCCGGGUUUGGACACUUUUGCCCUUUAAAGCAAGGCACCAUUAUUGUUUCGUCCUUCAGAUGGGACAUAAAACCGUAGGUCCUGUGUGUUGUGUAAAUGCAAUGCAUGUAAAAGAACCCAGUGACAUUUAUUGCUGAGAGAAGGGGUUUGCCCCGGUGUUUCUGGCCUCCUGUUCAAACUUCCCUGUGGAGUAUUUGGGAGAAGAACCAACCAAGUACCAAGUAAAAAAGCCGACACAGUUACCCAAGCCAGAUAUUCAGGGGGGGGGGGGGGCUUUCGGGUCUGGUCGGUUGGGGUCUGAUGGGUUUUCCUUGAAUUUUUUGUCAGGUCAGGUCAGUUUUAGGGAGUUCAGAUCAGUUUCGGUUCGGAUUAUACCUAUGUUUCGGGUCGGUUUGGCCUGGUCAACUUUUUCAACUUUUUUAACAGCAUUGCCAUGGCCAUUUGUAAAUAUUUGUGUAUAUUUCCAAGUACUUUCUAAUCAUACAGUAGCUUCUUCAUCCGUUGUGCCAUUCAGUGACUUGCAUCCAUUUAUCAAUACACUUUGGUCUAAAGAUUUAUACCUGAAGUUUUACACCAACUGCAAGUGCUCUUAUCAAGCGAUGGGAGAGGCGCUUGGUGGCAGCAAAUAUGUGGGUCCUUUGUUUGCGUCCUGUUCGCAUAUUUUUUUCUGGAGCAUAUGUUAACCAAUCACACCACGCACCCUCACAUGAAUAUUUAUCCUUCUGUGUGGAUGGAAGACACUUAGUUUCUCGUAGUGUUUUCCCUUCAAUCAAACCUAUCCCAACCAACAAAAGUAUUUGAUGAAAAUGGGCAGCGGCUCGAACCACAGAUCUUGCGAUCCAUGGUUCAUUCCACUAUCCGCUAGGCCACUAUGGCAUCUCGACGAAAGCCGUUCUUUGAAAUGCUUCAAUGUACAUGCAUGACUGGGUAAUAGCAGUGGUGCGACAUCAUUGUUAUUUUCUUACGAAUAAACAUUGAACUAGCUGAAUAAUCAUGAUCCAUUGACAAUGUGUGCUGCAAAUAAAAAAACCACGUCCUGUUCAAGCUAAUGUGCCCAUGUUCAGAAUGACGCAAACAAAAGGACCGGUGUGUUCGCUGUCACCAAGUAUCUCCAAAGUUUCCCAUUCUACCAUGUGGCCUUAUUGCAUAAAACUUUCAAGUGCACAAUCAAUCAAACGCGGUUGAGCACUGACAAAGCCUGAUAUUAACAAGUAUAUACGCAUGUGUAAAUAUAUGUAAUACAAGCAACACAAUUCCUUUUUCCCAUCAUUAGUUUAUUAGAGAAGUGCAGCAAAAUAGAAAAAAUAAGUUUGUAAACAUAAUAAACUAACUACGGUCUUUGAACUUGUGGUCGUUUGGUUUUUCCAUUAUUCCAACACUUUAUACAAACAUGAGCAUACAUCUGCACCAAUUGGCAACAAUUCUGCAACAUGCAA